AUGCAACAACAAAAAAUGGAGCAACCAGAAGAGGAGUUGAAGAAGGUGAAGGCGCAAUUGCAAGCAGUGGAGGUAGAAAGAGAUGGAGCUGUUGAUGAACAUCGAGAGAUGAAAAAAGUGGCAGACGAGGCCAACGUGAGGCUUAGUGAAGAAUUGGUAACUCAGAGCGAUGGCAGGAACGACUCAGAAUUAAAUUUGACGACGGAGUUGUUGUCGAAUGCAAGGCAAGAACUGAAGAGCAAAGAGGAGAUUAUUGAGUCUUUGAAACUCGAGUUAGGGAAGGCCAAAGAUUUGGAGCUCAAGUUGAGUGAGAAAGUAAAAAAGUUUGAAGCUCAAGCAAAGAGUUUAGUGUCUCAAAACGAAGAAAGAAUUCGGGAGUUGGAGAUCAAAGCAGACCAUGCGAAAAUCUCCGAUGCUCAUACGAAAGCUUUACUGUCCGAAAGUAAAAAAAGAAUUCGCGAAUUGGAGAUGAAACUGGCGGAGAAUAUGAAGUCCACCGAGGCAGAAGCUCACACAAAGGCUUUGUUAUUCACAUGUGAAAAAAAAGUUCGUGAUUUGGAGCUAAAACUGGCAGAGAAAACGGAAAACUCUGAUCCUCACAUGAAGGCUUUAUUACUCAAAAGUGACGAAAGAAUUCGGGAAUUGGAGCUCGAACUGGCAGAGUAUAUGAAGUUUUCUAACGCAGAGGCACAGAAUGCGGAAACCUCUGAGGCUCAAACGAAGGCUUUAUUGCUCAAAAGUGACGAAAGAAUUCAGGAAUUGGAGCUCAAACUGGCAGAGAACAUGGAAAACUCUGGGGCUCAUACAAAGGCUUUACUGUCAGAACGUGAAGGAAAAAUUCAGGACUUGGAGCUCAAACUAGCAGAGAAUGUUAGCGCCUCCGAGGCUCACACAAAGUCUUUAUUGUCAGAAAGUCAAGGAAGAAUUCAGGAAUUGAAGCUCAAACUGGCAGAGAAGAUGGAAACCUCGGAGGCUGACACGAAGGAUUUAUUGUCUGAAAGUGACGAGAGAAUUCAAGAAUUGGAAAUGGAAAUAGAUAAAAGGAAGCAAUCAGAAGCAAGAAUUCUUGAUUCAUUGAUCACCCAAACAAACCAACUUGAGCAGACCAAGGCUCUACUUGAAGGGGCAAAGUUUGAGAUUGCCUCCUUUCACAAGAAAUUGGAUAAAUGCGAAGAUGAAUCCGAUGAAAGUAGUCAAGAUAGUAGUGCAUCUCAGCAUCAUGAUCAGCCCGAAUAUAAUAUUUCCAUGAAGGAGGAAUUAGAGAGUCUCAAGUCUGAGCUUCAGAUGGCAAGGGAGAAUCUGGUUGAUGUCCAAAAAAAGGAGCAACUCUCUACCUCGAAGGUUGAGAAGUUGCUUGACGAGAUGAAAGUACUUAAACAUGAAUUAAAGUUGGCAACUGAAGCCGAAGAAAAUGGGAAAACGGCGUUGGAUGAUCUGGCUUUUGCACUGAAAGAAGUUGCGACAGAAGCCAACCAGUUGAAGGAUAAACUUUGCAUGAGCCAAGCAGAGUUGGAGCACUCAAGAGCACAAGAAGAACAUCUAAAUGCGAUGUUAAAAAGCAACGAGGAAAGUCAUAAAAUACUACUGGAUGAAGCAAGGAAAGAAGCCGAAAGACACAAAAACAUUGCUGCCAGGUUGAAAAUAGAACAUGAAGAGUCAGUUUUAGCAUGGAGUGGGAAAGAAACCGGCUUUGUUAAUUGUAUUAGAAGAGCCGAAGAGGACAGAUGUGCUGCACAACAAGAGAACUUUAGAUUGCAUGAGUUGGUUCUAGAGACAGAUAAUAGAGCCAUGUUAUCGAAGGAAGAAAAUAGAAAGUUGCGCGAUAUACUUAAGCAGGCGUUAAAUGAAGCAAAUGUUGCAAAAGAAGCUACUGCCAUUGCUCAAGCCGAAAAUUCUCGACUCAAAGAUACUCUGGCUGGAAAAGAGGAGGCCUUGAAUUUCCUUUCUCAAGAAAACGAAAAUUAUAGGGUAAAUGAAAUAGCAGCUCAUGAAAAUAUUAAGGAGUUAAAACGGUUGCUUAUUGAAUCGUCAAAGAAUGAGGAAAAAGAGAAAAUACCAACAAAGGAAAAUGAUUGCAAGAAAGAGGAGAAAGAGAAAACGCCGUCAAAGGAGAAAGACUGCAAGAAAGAGGAGAAAGAUAAAACGCCAUCAAAAGAAAAGGAGUCGAAGAAGGAGGCUAAGGAGAAAACAUCAUCAUCAAAGGAGUUGAAGAAGGAGGUCAAGGAGAAAAAACCACCAAAGGAUGUGAAAAAGGAGGAUACGACGAGUAAAGAGAAACCGCCAUUAGCGGGUGAUGCAAAAAAGGAGGAUAAAGAGAAAACAUCGUCGAAGGAUGAGAAGGACACUACAACAUCUCAAAAUGGAAGCAUAUUUGGCAAAGUUUUCAGUUUCAAUCUUAAGGAGCUCAAAAUUUCAAACACGCAUGAAGAAGUUGUUGUUGACGGCGAUGAUGAGAUUGAAUUAGAUGAGGCUCUCAAAGGGUCGAUAUUUGAGGUAGCCUCUCCGGGGUCAGCUACACAUCACCGCAGAAACUCUUCUUCUACGUUCACAGACGAUGGAGAAGGAUUCCAUUCAGAUGAUUGUGAUCAUCUAGAUGGAACUCAGGGUGAAAAUUCAAGGAAAAAGAAAGCAUUGCUACGAAGAUUCGGAGAUCUUAUAAAGAGAAGCACUACCUAUAGUACCAAAAAGGAACCAUCGCCGGAUACGAAAAAGGAACCAUCACCGGAUACCCAAGAAGAAACAUCACCAACCAAAAAGGAACCUUCACCAGAAUAGUUAAAGCUGUAUUUUUUUUGUAUUGUUCUUCUAGUUUUGAUACUCAGUAGUUUAGUCUGAUUCUUUCUGUAACAUAUACAUCUAGAGUUUCGUUUAGAUUUUCUGUACAUAUUCAUCUAGUUUGUAUGAUUUGUACUUAUAAUUUGUUGUAAUCAUAUAACGUAUUUAGUUUUUUUAUCACAAAAUA